GUUUUCUUGUGCACGUUUACAACACGAAGUAUACAUACAUACGGUCGAAUAGCUGUCCGCUAGAAAUAUCAAUUGAAAAGAGCAACCGCUCUUUUAUAAAUUUAAACGUUUUCUAGUGAAUAAUUUUAGUGUCUUAAAGAUGCGUCGACUAAAAAAGUAUGCCUCUGGAGAAGGUGCUAGUUAUAUUACCCGACGACAGGCUCUACGGAAAUUACAAUUAUCGUUGAAUGAUUUUCGUCGUUUAUGCAUUGUCAAAGGAAUUUAUCCGCGUGAACCGAAACAUCGUCGCCGUGCCCAACGUGGUUCAACUGAUAUCAAAAUUUUGUAUCACACAAAAGACAUCAAAUUCUUAUUGCACGAACCGAUUGUGUGGACACUUCGUGACUACAAGAUUUUCAAUCGCAAAGCUGGACGUGACCGUGCAUUGAAAGAUUUCCGUGCGUUGAAUCGUCGUUUAAAGUCGCAGCCACAAUUGAAACUCGAUCACAUCGUAAAAGAACGUUAUCCAACAUUCAUCGAUGCCAUCAAAGAUUUGGAUGAUUGUUUGACACUUUUGUUCCUGUUCAGCACAUUUCCAUCGUUGAAAUACGUGCCAAGACAGCAAUCAGCAUUGUGUCGUCGUUUGACCAUUGAAUUUUUGCACGCUGUAAUCGCAUCAAAAUCGCUUCGUUACUGCUUCAUUUCGAUCAAAGGUUACUAUUUCCAAGCCGAAAUUAAAGGACAAAAGGUGACAUGGAUGAUACCACACUACUAUCCAUUCCAGCCACAAUCACGGUCCGAAGUUGAUUUCCGUAUGAUGUCAAUUUUCGUUGAAUUCUACACCAUAAUGUUGGGUUUUGUGAAUUUCCGUUUGUAUCACCAAAUGAAUUUGGUGUAUCCACCGCAAUUUCCAUCGAAUUUAUUCCAAGACACCGAAGAAUCAUUGGGCAACGAACAGACAUUUGUGUCCGAACGUAUUGCUGCGCUUAAUUUUGAUUUGUUGAAAAUCGAUCCGACGGCCGAUGACAAUGAGGUCGAUGAUGAUUUGAAUAUUGAUUUGCUCGAAGGUGAAAAUGAAUCCGAACAAAUCAAAAAAAUGAAAGAAAAAGCGGCCGAAGAGAGAAAGUUGCGUAAACUUUUCAACGGUUUGAAAAUUUUCAUAAACAGAGAAGUGCCACGUGAACCGUUAGUGUUUUUGAUUCGAUGCCUCGGCGGAAAGGUGUCAUGGGAUAAGACAUUAUUCACUGGAGCCACAUUCGAUGAAACAGACGAAACUAUAACACAUCAAGUUGUUGAUCGGCCAUCAGUUGGCAAACAAUACAUGUCGAGAGACUAUGUUCAACCACAAUGGGUAUUCGAUUGUGUAAAUCAACGUACAUUGUUACCAACAAAUAAAUACUUUAUUGGUGCUGCUUUGCCACCACAUUUGUCACCAUUUGUUGACCCAAGCCGUGAGGAUGUGUAUAUUCCGCCAGAAGAAAAGGCACUGCGUGAUCCGUCGGCCAUUGAAACACAUCAACCGAGCUCAGAUGAAGAAAACGAAGAGGAAGAGGCCGAAGAGAAUAUCCCAGAGCCAGAACGAGAUGAUCGACUGGAAAAUGCAUAUCGCUUGGAAAAAGAAGACGCCGGCUCUGAUGAAGAAAUCGAAAGCGAUGGCGAUAAUGCUGCUUAUAAGGAAGACAGUGAUCUGGAUGAUGCUGAUCAUGAUUUUGGUGAACAAAGCACCGAAAAACGUUCGAAACAAAUUGAGGCCAAACAAAAGAUGGCUGUACAAAGUGGCAAAGUGCAUAGAGAAAGUAAGCGAUCGAUUAAAAAACAAGAAAUUGAAGAGCAUCGCUUGAAGGCACGCAUGGUCAAACCGAGACAUCGCAAACUCUUCUCGAAGCUCAUCAAUGAAAAACAAGAUAAACAAAAGGAACACUGGCUACUCGAAAAGAAACGAAAACGCAUCGAUGCUGCGGCCAAGGAAGAGAAAAAGAAGAAGAAAUUAGAAAAUCGCAAAAAAUUAGUAGCACAAUAAAUUUCUUUUAUUAUUUUUUUUCUGUCUCUCCCUUGAACAUUUUUCAUGCAUUUUAUUUACUAUUGGAAUAAAUCAUAUGGAAUUAUAUUAAAA